AGACGAAACGGCGAGCAGGAGGAAGCACCAAGGACGUCCUUCUUUUUAUUAUUAUUUUUUUUACCCGGAGAUGCAAAGGACGAGCAGUUAGAUCAUCUGCUGUUGCCUGCUGCAGGACAACUUCAGCUCCCAGAUCUGUGUUUGGAGUGUGUGCGCGUGUCUGUCUGUGUGUGUGUGUGUGAGGAGGAGGAUUUCAGCCGGUCACCGGACGGAGAUCUGGGAAAGAAGGAAUUCUACUUUUGUGCAACUAUUGAAUGUGACAUCGUUUGGAUAAAGAAGGCAGGGAAUUAAAAGCCAUCAUCAUGAAUUUCGUUAUGAAACAAGCGCUGGGAGGGGCCACCAAAGACAUGGGCAAGAUGCUUGGUGGUGAGGAGGAGAAGGACCCUGAUGCUCAGAAAAAGGAAGAGGAAAGACAAGAAGCCCUGAGGCAACAAGAAGAGGAGAGGAAGGCCAAAUAUGCAAGAAUGGAGGCAGAGAGAGAAAACAUCCGACAGGGCAUCAGGGACAAGUAUGGCAUCAAGAAGAAGGAGGAGAAGGAAGCCGAGGCAGCAGCUGCGAUGGAGCAGGCCUCCGAGGGCAGCCUCACCCGCCCCAAGAAGGCGGUGCCCACCGGCUGCGGCGACGAGGAGGAGGAGGAGAGCAUCGUGGAUACGGUCAUGAAAUUCAUCCCGGCGCCUCUCAUGGAUAUGUUCAAUAAAAAGUAACUG